AAAAGCACAAUUUUAAUCAGAGUGGGAAAUUCCACUGUCAUCUCUUUUUCGCAGAAAGAGAGAAAAAAGAAAGCAUGACUAUGUACAGAACUCAUAAAAUGAAAAAAAAAAUAUUCUCAUUACAAAACAUCUAAAGACCAUUGAAGUGACACUGCUGGAAAGGUGCAGUAGCACAUGUCAGCAUGCUGUUUGUGAACUGUUGAUCUCAGAGAUGAGCAAUGACACACUCUGCCAGGCCAUCACACAGAAAUUGUGCCAAACAAACCAUCAGAGCUCCAGUGAUUACUGCCGGAAGGCAAACAUUUGUUUGGCCGCUCUGUACAAGCACAGAUAGGCUUUGGCCGCAUUGACAGGGUCACCUAAAUUGUGUCCGUGACGCCUGAUCCUUGGUCAAGACCAUUAAGAAGAAAACUGGUUUUGUUGAUAAUGUAUUGAUCAGCGUGUGAUGGAUGACCCCUGGGGGGAAAUAUAAGUAAAAGUUCCCGGUGGAGUGAAGGAGCAGAGCAGAUCUGGCCAACGGAACAGAGAGAAAAGCCAUGCCUUCUGUGGUGCUGAUUUACCUGACAGCUGUGAUUUGCUCAGAAACAUGGACGCAUGCUUUGUCCCUGUAUCCCGAGCCAAACCAAGAGCAGCAGGCAGAAUUUAUUCAGAAAUUAGUGUCAGAGGUUGAGGAUGGGGCCAGUGUCGCUGAGGGGGACAAGAUGGACAUGAGUAACCUGUAUCCUUUACUGAUGCAGCAGAAUGGAGGAAGAGACCUCUGGCACAAAGCAACCAAAGAUGCAGCACAACAGGACAAGUAUCCCAACAUGGUUGAGGACCUAAAAGAAGUCGUCUUGAAGCUGGCAGCAGCCGACAGGCUACGAUCGCAGGGUUUCGUCCGAUCAGAGCAGAGCUUGCCAAAAACAAACAAAAGAGCAUGUUUCUGGAAAUACUGUGUAACCAACUAGAGCCCAGCGGCAGGAGCUUUGGAGAGACUCUGUUGGAACCGCCCUCCCUCUCCCAUGUCGAUUUUAUUUCUCCUUAGACGGUGCAUUCAUCAUGUACAUCGGAAGAAAAGGACAUAUAUUUUCAAAUCUCUGGACUUGUCUUUUUUUCCGCCUCAAAAUAAACUUGAAUAUCAGAAUGCAA